CGGAAUCGAAUAGAGAGAGAAAAGUUCAGGGUGGUUCCCAACCGACGUGUCUUUUAGCAGAAGAAACAGUGUCGUCCUGUAAAUAACUCAAACUAGAAAGUAGAAACCUUUUUGAUUCCAGAAUCAAAUUAGUAUUGUAUUUGAGAAACAUGAGUAAUUCAUUAAUUGUUCCUUCUGCUUCCUCGAAAGUGAAAGUUGGAUCAGCAACUCCUUCUGAUACUUCUUUCAAGCGGAAAAGAGGAAUGUUCCAGAAAGAUUUGCAACAUAUGAUGUAUGGAUUUGGUGACGACCCAAAUUCUCUUCCAGAAACAGUCGCUCUUUUGGAGGACAUUGCUGUUGAGUACGUCGCCGAUUUGGUUCAUAAAGCCCAAGAUGUUGCAACAAAAAGAGGCAAGCUCUUGACUGACGACUUUCUACAUCUGAUUCGCAAGGAUAUACCAAAGCGUCACAGAUGUCAAGAAUUGUUGUCCAUGAACGAGGAGCUAAAGCAAGCCAGGAAAGCUUUCGAGGUUGACGAAGAGAAGCUUGCAUCAACAGAUUAAUAGGUUGUUAAUUUUCUUGGAACAGUUCAUAUUUCUUGGACUCCAUCAGGAUCCAUAGUUUCGCAGACCCUAGUUCCAUUUUGACUCUGUAAAUUCUUUGUUGUUCCUUUGUUACACUAUGCAGACAAAAACUAAUAUUAACAUGAAAUAAUGCUUCCAGUUCUGAAA